AUGUCGACUCUGUCCUCCCCUCGCCCGUCAAUUGCCUCCUCGCGAGCCCCUUCUCCAGGGCCGCCUUCGUCCCGACCUUCUCUCGAUACCCUCAAUACCAACGUCAACGGCGGGCUCAGCGCCGCUUCUACCCCAUCCACCGCGCGGGCUCUCUCCCCCUCAUUCAACCCCCGACGGAAUCGCAGCGCCCUUCGUGAUUAUUAUAACCUCAAACCUCCUGGUGCGGACUCGUCUGCGUCUAGGGAUGCCUCCCGAUCACGCAGUGUACCGCGGAAUACCGAUGCCGGAGAUCUAUCCAACCCAUCCGCUUUAGCCUCAGGGACUGAGCUUGACAGCGCGGACUUUGACCCACAUCGCUAUGUCGAGCACCUUCUUUCUUCUUCAACUCUAUCCACGGUUCUCAAGGCCGAGAAUACGCUUGUUGGAGAUAUCCGGACUCUCGACGGAGAGCGGAAGGCACUCGUUUACGAUAACUACUCGAAGCUCAUUCGUGCUGUGGAGACGAUUGGAAAGAUGCGACGCAGUAUGGAUGAGCGUGGUGCUCCGUUGACCAUGACAAAGACCUUGGGUCCGGCAAUUGCGUUUGUUGCUGAGACUGCGGGCGGACUCAUUAAAGAAGGAGAAGAGCAACGACAGCGAAUGAAAGAGGCUAAGGCUGAAGAUGGAGCCUGCGGGUUGAAGAACGAGAAGGAUACUGUCCGGUGGGUGCUUGGCGCACCCCGGAGACUGGAGAAGCUUGUAGCGGAGGAUAAGCAGCAAGAUGCGGAGAAUCACUGGAAAGAGAUCCAGCACUUGCUUGACGCUUGGGGUGAAGUCAAGGGUGUUGCUGAGAUUCGGGAAUCAUGCGAAAAGGUUAUGAGCCAGACAGGCCAUGAUGAUUGA